AUGACACGCAGACCGGUACCUUCACCUAGCCCUUCCGUACAAUCCAACCCGCCCCGUCCGCCAAAAGUACCAUUACCCGGAGGCCCUUCAGACUUGCCAGCUCCAAACAGCUCCCGUAGCUCUGUAAACUCUGCGCCAGCAAUAUUUCAGUCACAUACAACUGUCGGUCAGGAGCAUCGUGAGAGACGGCCUUACUCAUCCUUCAACAUUAGCCAUGCGAGAGAAGCUGUCUCACCAGUUCCGUUCAUAUCAAGCUCAACUUCUGUCCCACAGCCCGCUCCUCCAGCCACUCAAAGUUCAACCCCCCAGCCUAUUCCUCCGGUCAAUCAUAUUCCAAAUCUACAGCCUACUCCCCCGGCUAGUAGUACUCCAGCGCCCUCAUCAAGUUCUGCCCCCUCAUCAGCGCCACAGAACGAAGCAGAAGAGGUUCCCGCGAACACUGAAGUAGUAGCUAUGUGCGACGCCUGCUUGAACAACAUCUAUUGCUCCCAGAGCCGUUUCCAGUGUACGGAGUGUUACGACUACGACUUAUGUUUAUCCUGUUUCCAGAUUGGUCGAGUAUCCAAGUCCCAUAAGAGUAGCCACGCUGUGCGCCACAUUCUGAAGACUGAGGUGCUCAAACAAGAUGACUUCAUACCCCCACACGACGACGUUAAUCCCGAGAAAAGCGUGGACCAAGUGAAAACUUUCAUCACCUUGGAACCGGAUGUCAAUCGACCUGAAUGUGAACUACGCUGGCAUUUCCUCCAUGGAACUGAUAGCCAUCUCCGAUACCUCACAGCAACCGCCGAGCCCGGUCACUAUGCUGCGCAUCUUACUAUUCAGACUCGCUUAUCAGGCUCUCUGACUCAAGCCGGGAAAGAUGUUCUGAAGCAAGAAGGACUAGGGUAUCUUCGCAUUGGGCUUGGUACCUUGAGAAAUAAGAAACAGUUCUUCCGAUCGCGAUAUCAUGAAGAGUCUUUUCAGUCUCUUGUAUUGGAAGAAGGCCAGAUAAUUGACAAAUUGCUCAAUAACUACUGGUGGACUGUAGUCAAGCUGCCAGGAGGUGGUGGGCCUGUCGAUAUACAUGCUGAUUGCGUUUUCCCGGUAGAGACUCCUGAGGAUUUGGGGCUGAUCAUCCAGUGGUCUGGCAUCAGGGCGUUCGAAAGCGGCAAUGAGGCCACCGUAUCAAUCAACGUUACAGAUAUUCGCCUCUACGAUAUACGGGACUUCACUGAACCUUUGAAAGUGCCUCCAGAGCAGCCCCCUCCGCCGCCUCCCGCUGCGUCUACACCAGCGGCCAAAAUCUCCACACCCGCUCUGCAUAGUCAAGCAGAAGAUGAGCCCGAAGAGGACAUUACAGCGGAGGAUCUUCUCUCCGCUCUCCUUCAAAUCCAGCAGAGCGUCGAAGAUGCACGACAACGAGCGCAGCUCGAGAUGGCUAUCAAACAACGGCUGAAACAGCAAGAAGAGGAAAGGCAAAGUGCAGUACUAGGCUAUAUGUUCGCCAAAGCCUUACAGGAGCAAGCUAUAUUAGAGCAAGAGCGACGGGAACAAGAGGAAGCUAGGAGAUUUCUAAAUUUAAUGGGCUUUAACGUUUGA